GACGAGCAAGCAUACCAAAGUCGUCAUCGAGCCUCCAACUUUCAUCCACAUCGUCCGGACUGAUAAGCCCAUCUACAAACCUGGACAGACUGUCAAAUUCCGGAUCGUCUCCAUGGAUGCCAAUUUCAUCCCUGUGGAACGAGUGUAUAAAGAAGUGGCGCUGCAGGAUCCUAGCUCAAAUCGCAUUGCCCAGUGGCUGGAUAAAUCUGUUGUUGGCGGCAUCCUUGAUCUUUCACACCCCAUGAUUCCUGAGGCUGUACAAGGAAGCUACACCAUCACUGCCUUGACAGACAAGGGAGAACAAAUAUCCCACAGCUUUGACAUCAAAGAAUACGUUUUGCCAAAGUAUGAAGUGAAGGUUCAUCUGCCCAGUGUGAUUACCGUCCUGGAUCAGGAGGCAGCACUGAAGAUUUGUGGAAAAUACACGUAUGGGAAACCUGUUAUUGGUUCGGUGAAGGCACGGUUCUGCAGAAACGCCAUCCGUUUCUUCUGGUUUUCAUCUCCCCAAAACAAAGACCUCUGCAAGACCUACGAACUAACUACGGAUAAAAGUGGAUGUGCUACACAAACUGUGAACAUGACGGCGUUUUUCCUCCACAAGAACAUCUACAGUGACACGUUUGAGGUGACUGCUGAGAUGGAAGAGUAUGGCACAGGCGUCAUUCUUAAAGGCUACGGGCAGACCAGCUUCACCUGUGACAUCAGAACUGUCACCUUCGAGGAUGUACCUGAGGCAUACAAGCCUGGUAUCCCGUUUGAAGGAAAGAUCAAAGUUGUUGGUCCAGACAACAAGCCUGCUGCCAAUGAGCCAGUGUACUUGUUUGUUGGUAGCUCACUAAAACUAGAGCUCACCACAGACGUGAAUGGCGUGGCUUUGUUUUCUCUGGGCACGUCUCUUUGGAAGGACAGUGUGCAUCUGAAGGCGAGUUCAAAAAAUACAACGGAGCAUGACCAUUAUGUUUAUGGUUUGAGGAGACCCAACUACAGGGCAAGCCACCACCAUGUCACAGCGUUUUACUCCAAGAGUAGUAGUUUUCUGAAGCUCAUGCAGGCCAGCAGUAAGCUGCCCUGUGACAGUGAAGCGACUGUGCGUGUCCAGUACAUCAUCCAGGGAGAGGAGCUGGAGAAAGGGCAGGAGGUCCUCGACUUCUUUUAUCUGGUGCAGUCCAGAGGUUCAGUAGUGCAGCAUGGUCGUAUCCCAGUGGCUGUCAAAGUGGGAAUUGGUAUGAACACGACGAAAGCUAAUUUUGAAGUAUAAGUCUGUGAUUUUAGAGUUA